AUGAAGAACUGCUGCGGAGGACUUUCCCAGAAGCAAGUUUUCCUGUUUCUGGCUGUGUUGACAUUGAUCUUUAUUCUGCUCGCCAUUGUUAAGGAACCAAGCACAAAGGAUUUCCGGUACCAUUUUAUACAGAACAAUGAAUCAAGUCCACAAGAGAUUCUACAAAAGGCCAAACCUCAAGGACCCAUAAUGACACUGCCACCCAUAGUUCACAACAAGGAGACAACAUCUGUCAGGACAAAGGAAGUGGACCUGAAGAAACAGAAGAGAAAGGCCGCCCGAGGAGAGGGGGAGGAGAAGAGGAACCUGGAUCCCAUAAGGCCAGCACCAGAGAAUCCUCAGAGCAAGGCAGAGCCUGCUGCAAAGACACCUGUUCCAAAAUGUCUGGACAACCUAUCGAUAGCUACUGGAGCACUGUCAACAAGGAAGCAACCGAUGGCCACAGGAUCUGUCCCAGCCAAGAAGAAAGUGGUCCAGGCCACCUCAUCCCCUGCCUCUUUUCCACACCCCACCACACAAAAAAGCCAAAUGCUGAAGGCCUCCAACUUCAAGUCUGAGCCUCGGUGGGAUUUUGAGGAGGACUAUAGCAUGGAUGUGGGCAGCCUACAGAAGACCUGCCCCAACUCUGUGAAGAUCAAGGCCUCCAAGUCACCAUGGCUACAGAAUCUCUUUCUGCCCAACAUCACUCUGUUCCUAGACUCUGGACACUUCACCCAGAGCGAGUGGAGCCGUCUAGAGCACUUUGCACCGCCCUUUGGCUUCAUGGAGCUCAAUCAGUCCCUGGUACAGAAGGUGCUGACCCGCUUCCCUCCGGUACUCCAGCAGCAGCUCCUCCUGGCAAGCCUCCCCACUGGGUACCUCACAUGUAUCACCUGUGCUGUAGUGGGCAAUGGGGGCAUCCUGAAUGAUUCUCGUAUGGGCCAAGAGAUAGACAGCCAUGACUAUGUUUUCCGACUGAGUGGAGCCGUUGUCAAAGGAUAUGAACAGGAUGUGGGGACCCGCACAUCCUUCUAUGGCUUCACUGCCUUCUCCCUGGCCAAGUCUAUCCUCAAAUUGGGUAGUCGAGGUUUCCAGCAUGUGCCUCUGGGGAAG